CAAAAACCCUAAACCAAAAUUUAACUUCCAAGUAGACAACGUCUCACUGUUCGCUCAUCCUCCUCGGCGCUACCUCUGCAAUAAAAAUGCCUUUCAAGAGAUACGUUGAAAUCGGAAGAAUUGCACUUGUUAACUACGGAAAAGAUUAUGGAAAGCUUGUCGUCAUUGUUGAUGUCAUUGAUCAAAACCGGGCUCUUGUUGAUUUUCCCGACAUGGUGAGGGGGCAAAUGAACUUUAAGAGGCUAACACUUACCGACAUCAAGAUUGAUAUUAAAAGAGUUCCGAACAAGAAAACUCUCAUUGCUGCUUUGGAGGCCGCAGAUGUCAAGAACAAAUGGGAGACCAGCUCUUGGGGACGAAAACUCAUUGUUCAAAAGAAAAGGGCCUCACUUAAUGAUUUUGAUAGGUUCAAGAUUAUGUUGGCUAAGAUAAAGAAAGCAGGAGUUGUUGGGCAAGAGCUAGCCAAGCUUAAGAAGGAGACUACAGUUUGAUUUAAUACAAACAUUUAGGUUUUGCCGCAGUUUGUUGCAUUGUUGUUCACUAGACACUGUUGAUUCUAUGUCUGACUUUUCACAAGGGAUUUAUAAAAUUAUAUGUAAUCCAGUUUUGAACUUAA